CUCAGCAGGUCGAGCGGUGAUCCGGGAUCUCAUCUCCUCCUCUCGUUCCUCUGCUCUCUCCAUGAGGAUCUGGAGGACGUGAAGAACCUUUUUUUUAUACUCUUUAUUACUUUGACAUGGCAUCGGAAGUCAAGAGCGCGUGCGCCGCGCUUCUCUUGGGAUGGAUUGCGUUUAUCAGUCCCGCGAGCGCCUACCUCUACAGCAACCGCUAUGUCGGUGAUCAGGUACUGAGAAUAAUUCCCAGCAGUCCCGGAGAGAUCCGUUAUCUCAAACAGCUGUUCAAGAACAUAACGGUGGACCUCUGGCAGCCCAGCAGCUCGAACCUUAUUCUCGAGGGCAAAGCGGUAGACGUCCACGUGGGACGAAACAGGACAGCACGUCUCAAAAGUCUGCUUGGACGGGCGCACAUUCAGCAUGAACUGCUGAUUUCCGACGUCCAGAGAGAAAUGGAGAAACAGACAGGGUAUCGGUCGAACAGAAAGCGCAGAUCUGUGUCCCAGUACGAUUAUGAAGUGUAUCAUCCUCUGGAGGAGAUCCAGAGCUGGAUGUUCGAAAUGAACCGGACCCACCCACACCUAGUCGACUUGUUUUCUAUUGGACGAUCCUACGAAGGACGGCCCCUUUACGUGCUCCAGUUAGGAAAGCGUGCCUGGGCGAGUAAGAAGGCCGUGUGGAUGGACUGUGGCGUUCAUGCGCGAGAGUGGAUCGGCCCUGCCUUCUGUCAGUGGUUUGUGAAGGAAGCUUUGAACUCCUAUCAACACGACUCGAGCAUAAGACGGCUGCUAAAGCAUCUGAACUUCUACAUUAUGCCGGUCUUCAAUGUGGACGGGUAUCACUACAGCUGGAAAAGUGAUCGCUUUUGGAGGAAAACACGAUCCAAAAAAGCCAAGUACCACUGCCGCGGUGUCGAUGCCAACCGCAACUUUAAAGUGAAGUGGUGCAAAGAGGGCGCCUCCACACACCCUUGCGACGACACCUACUGCGGCCCUUUCCCCGAGUCCGAGCCCGAGGUGAAGGCCGUCUCCCAUUUUCUGCGCAAGCACAAGAAACACAUAAGGGCUUACAUAUCCAUCCAUGCCUACGCUCAGAUGCUCCUGUACCCUUACUCCUACAAAUAUGGCAACAUCCCCAAUUUUGACUGUGUGGAAACAGCGGCUCAGAGUGCUGUGAGCGCCCUUUACUCCGCAUACGGAGUCAGAUACAGAUACGGACCUGCUUCCACAACACUGUAUGUAAGCUCAGGGAGUUCUAUCGACUGGGCCUACAAGAACGGCAUCCCCUAUGCUUUCGCCUUCGAGCUGCGUGAUACAGGUCAUUACGGUUUCCUCUUGCCAGAGGUCCUGAUUGGUCCGACCUGCACCGAGACGAUGAGGGCAGUAAGGGCCAUUGCCUCUGGCCUGCUAAAGAAAUGCACCGGAUGAAGAAAUAGCACUAUUUAUAUUAUGUCUCUUUCUCUCCGUCUCCUUUUGCCUCUUUCUCUGUCCUUCCUAUUGUGCUCUGGGCCAAAGCUUAGAGUGCGAAUCCGUGCCUGUGGGCUGUUUGCACCAUGUCAAUGCUGAUAUUCCAAAAAUGUUACUGUAUAUGUCUUGGAAAAACUGACUCUGGAAUCAUGUGAGCAGAUUUGGCUGGAUCUUAUUUUUAUUUGUAUGAUUAUAUCUAUCAUGCAUCAAUUUUAGUGCCUUUACCUCAUGAUCAGGUAAUAUCAGGAAAAAUGUAAUGUUGUUGCCCUAAAACAAUGCACUUUUCUAUAAGUACCUCUGUUUGUAAAGCCUAGUACAGCUGUUGAGACAAAAGCAGACCAGUUCAAGCACUUGCUGAACCAAGAACCUUACAGCAGUACAGUAUGUAAGGACACAGACCAAAGAGUGUAAAUAUUAUUUACUUGUUUAUACAUAUUAUAUACUGUAUAUAUGGGGAGUGUUCAAGUCAAACCCGGACUUUUGAUUGCGCAGAAGAAAAACAGAACACAAUUAUGAAGGAAAACCUCCCUUGGUUUCUUAAUAUAAACCCCUCCUACACUAAUGUAUCCCGGCAUUUCAAUAGUGCUUGAAUACUUUCAAGGUAGAAGGUUUGUUCAGUACGCCAGAACCAUGCUUGAUUUCUAUAAUGAUGGCCUCCCAGGAACUUGUGGAAGUGGCUUGAAGCAAGGUCAGGGGUGUACGAGGUGUGGUGUAUGCGACUGUUUGUGGUGUUAGUGAAUGAAUGUGUGUACAGUUCCCUCAGACAGGCGCAUCACUUCCACUCCACAACAUGGCGAUGAGAAAAUUAUUGGUUCAUUUUCAAGGAUCAGGCUGAAUGUUCACAGAAACGACUGCAGUGGGCUCUGAGCCACCUCAGCCAGGAUCGAUAUUCAUGGAUAUUCGUACGGCCUUUUUUUAAAAACGGUUGCAUCAUUCAAAUGUUUUACUACAGCAAAGAGUCUUAUCGGCGUACUGUGCUUGAAGUUUUCUAUAAAUUUAAAAGAAAUUUCAUCACAAGUCCCGGUUUGACCUGAAUGCCACUUGUGAACAUGUGUAUAUAAAUAUAUAUAUAAAACGUGUGUGUGUGUUUUUGCAAUUUCCGGAUAUCUUUAAACUAAA